AGGUUAUGACAUCUCUUGGCAAAGUUAUUUUGAUAAUUUGGCUGUUUGUAGUUCUAGUCUUAAAUUCAAGCUACACAGCUAGCCUCGCAUCCAUUCUCACUGUUCAGCAACUUUCCCCAACAAUACGAGACAUAGAGUCACUCAGAGCAAACAACGCCUCCAUUGGGCAUUUGAAUGGUUCAUUUGUCAGAGAUUAUCUGAUCAAUGAGCUAAAAAUUGACGAGAGAAGAUUGUUACCUCUUGUCAAUCCAGAAGACUACGUCAAUUCACUAAGGAAUGAGACAAUUGGGUCUGUAGUUGAUGAGACUCCAUACAUCAACAUGCUAAUGUCACAGCAUUGUGGUGAAUUUGAGAUUGUGAGUCGGCCAUUCUACAAAGGAGGAUUUGGGUUUUUAUUUGCCAAAGGGUUUCCAGUUGUUGGGGAAAUGACAUCUGCAGUGCUGAAAAUUAUUCAGAACAAAACAGAGCUAGACAAACUUCGCGGGCACUGGUUUGGGCGUUAUUCUUCUGAUCCAUGCAAUAAUGACAACGGCGGGAUAUCUGAAGAAGACACGGUAGAUGAUGGUGGGAAGUUGAGUCCACGCAGGUUUUGGGGUUUGUUCGUCAUCUCAUCAGCGUUAUAUUGUGUAAUCAUGUCCGCCCACGUCGGACAAAAGUAUUAUAAGAAAAGACUAGUUAGCACAAGAGUGGAGAAUGUUCAGUCCCCACCUCCCGAUAGCCCUUUGCCUGCAACUGAAUUCAUACCUGCAAAUUCAGAUCUAUCCCGUUCAUCUGGUCAGUUCCAUACAAAUAAUAACAAUGCAACUUCAAAUGGUGUGCGCCAUCGAAGAUCUUUCUCAGCUUAAUGUUAUUGAGCUUUGAAAUAAUGGCAUCUUCUUUUGAACUGUCCAAAAAACGAUGCUCUGUAGUAAAUUGAUAAUUGUUAAUUGUGUAUAGGCCUAAAAGGUUCAGUCUAAGACUCCUAGUCUUCAUUGAAUAGUUAAACAAAUUUGGGUUUCAUAUAUAAA